AUGACAAAAUCCGUGGAUCUGCCUGUUGAAGAGUUGACAUUCAGGGAUGUGGCUGUAGAAUUCUCUCCAGAAGAGUGGGCAUGCCUUGACAGUACUCAGCGGAAUUUGUAUAGGAAUGUGAUGUUAGAGAAUUACAGAAACCUGGUCUGUCUGGGUCUUGCUGCCUCUAAACCAGACUUGAUCCAGUGUCUGGAGCAAAGAAAAGAGCCCUGGAAUGUGAAGAGAGAGGACACAACAGCAAAACACCCAGGUAGGUGA